AUGCUCACCGGCUUCCUCCGUCUGUUUGGCCAGUUGCCUCUCGCGCUCAAGCCUUUGAAGCUCUUCCUUCUGCGUUCGCUUUCGAUUCUCUUCCGUUCCCGUUCCUGCCUCUGCCGCGGUUCCUCCCUUUCGCGCGCUUCUCGCUCCUCGGCCUCGACCACCAGCCUCUGCGCUCUCGAUCCUCCACCCUCGCCUCCUUUUCGCGCGUUUCUCUCCUUCCCUCCGCCUCUUCCGCUCCCGUUCGUCCUCUCUCCUCCCUUUUCCUCCUCCCUUCGCGCUUUCCUUUUUCUCUCCCUCCCUCUUCCGCUCUUCCUCCUCUGCCUCUUGUCCUCCUGUUGCGCUCUGUUUUUUUCUUCUGCUUCUCCUCCCUCUUCUGCGCCUCCUCCCUUCGACGCUUCUCCUUUUCGCGCUCACCUUUCUUUCCUCCUCCUCUUCCGCUCUUCCGUCCUCCCUCUGCCGUUUUCUCCUCCUUUCGCGCUCAGCCUUCUCCUCCAGUUCCGCUCUUCCUCCUCCCUCUGCCGCUUCUCCUGUUCGCGCUCUGCCUUUUCCCUCUUCCGUUCUUCAUCCUCCUCUGCCGCUUCUCUCUUUUCGCGCUCCAUCUUCGUCGCUUCCUCCCUCUUCGCUCAUCCUCCCUCUUCCGCUCAUCCUCCUGCGUUUUCUCUCCUUUUCGCGCUCAGCCUUCUCCUCCCUCUUCCGCUCUUCCUCCUCCCUCUGCCGCUUCUCCUCCUGUUCGCGCUCUGCCUUUUCCCUCUUCCGCUCUUCAUCCUCCCUCUGCCGCUUCUCUCUUUUCGCUCCACCUUCGUCGCUUCCUCCCUCUUCCGCUCAUCUCCCUCUUCCGCUCGUCCUCCUGCGUUUCUCUCCUUUUCGCGCUCAGCCUUCUCCCUGUUCCGCUCUUCCUCCUCCCUCUGCCGCUUCUCCUCCUGUUCGCGCUCUCCGUCUUUCCUCCGUCUUUUCUCCUCUUCCGUUCUUCAUCCUCCCUCUGCCGCUUCAUCUCCUUUUCGCGCUCCAUCUUCGUCGCUUCCUCCCUCUUCCGCUCAUCCUCCUGCCGUUUCUCAUCCUUUUCGCGCUCAGCCUUCUCCCUAUUCUGCUCUCCUCCUCCCUCUGCCGCUUCCCUCCUGUUCGCGCUCAGCCUUCUCCUCCCUCUUCCGCUCUUCAUCCUCCUUCUGCCGCUUCUCCUCGUUUUCGCGCUCCACCUUCGUCGCUUCCUCCCUCUUCCGCUCAUCCUCCCUCAUCCGCUCAUCCUCCUGCCGUUUCUCAUCCUUUUCGCGCUCAGCCUUCUCCCUGUUCUGCUCUUCCUCCUCUCCCCUGCCGUUUCUCCUCCUUUUCGCGCAUAGCCUUCUCCUCCUUGUUCCGCUCUUCCUCCUUCCUCUGCCGCUUCUCCUCCUGUUCGCGCUCUGCCUUGUCUUCCCUCUUCCGUUCUUCAUCCUCCCUCUGCCGCUUCUCCUCCUUUUCGCGCUCCAUCUUCGUCGCUUCCUCCCUCUUCCGCUCAUCCUCCCUCUUCCGCUCAUCCUCCCUCUGCCGUUUCUCCUCUUCGCGCUCAGCCUUCUCCUCCCUCUUCCGCUCUUCCUCCUCCCUCUGCCGCUUCUCCUCCUGUCCGCGCUCUGCCUUCUCCUCCCUCUUCCGUUCUUCAUCCUCCCUCUGCCGUUUCUCCUCCUUUCACGCUCCAGCUUAGUCUCUUCCUCCCUCUUCCGCUCAUCCUCCUGCCGUUCUCCUCCUUUUCGCGCUCAUCCUCCUCCGCUUUCCGCUCUUUCCACCUCCCCUGCCGCUUUUCCUCCCGUUCGCGCUCAGCCUUCUCUCCUCCCUCUUCGCUCUUCCACCUCCCUCUGCCGCUUUUCCUCCGUUCGCGCUCAGCCUUUUCUCCUCCUCCCUCUUCCGCUCUUCCACCUCCUCUGCCGCUUUUCCUCCAGUUCGCGCUCAGCCUUUUUCUCCUCCCUCUUCCGCUCUUCCUCCUCCCUCUGCCGCUUUUCCUCCGUUCGCGCUCAGCCUUUUUCUCCUCCCUCUUCCGCUCUUCCACCUCCCUCUGCCGCGUUUCCUCCCGUUCGCGCUCAGCCUUUUUCUCCUCCUCCCUCUUCCGCUCUUCCACCUCCCUCUGCCGCGUUUCCCCGUUCGCGCUCAGCCUUUUUCUCCUCCUCCCUCAUCCGCUCUUCCACCUCCUCUACCGCUUUUCCUCUGUUCGCGCUCACCCUUUUUCCUCCUCCCUCUUCCGCUCUUCCUCCUCCCUCUGCCGCUUUUCCUCGUUCGCGCUCAGCCUUUUCUCCUCCCUUUCCGCUCUUCCACCUCCCUCUGCCGCUUUUCCUCCCUUCGCGCUCAGCCUUUUCCUCCUCCCUCUUCCGCUCUUCCAGCUCCCUCUGCCGCUUUCCUCCUGUUCGCGCUCAGCCUUUUUCUCCUCCUCCCUCUUCCGCUCUUCCUCCCCCUCUGCUGCUUUUCCUCCUGUUUGCGCUCAGCCUUUUUCUCCUCCCUCUUCCGCUCUUCCUCCUCCUUCUGCCGCUUUUCCUCCUUUUCGCGCUCAGCCUUCUCUCCUCCCCCUCUUCCGCUCUUCCACCUCCCUCUGCCGCUUUUCCUCCCGUUCGCGCUCAGCCUUUUCUCCUCCUCCCUCUUCCGCUCUUCCACCUCCCUCUGCCGCUUUUCCUCCAGUUCGCGCUCAGCCCUUUUCUCCUCCUCCCUCUUCCGCUCUUCCUCCUCCCUCUGCCGCUUUUCCUCCUGUUCGCGCUCAGCCUUUUUCUCCUCCCUCUUCCGCUCUUCCACCUCCCUCUGCCGCGUUUCCUCCCGUUCGCGCUCAGCCUUUUUCUCCUCUCCCUCUUCCGCUCUUCCACCUCCCUCUGCCGCGUUUCCUCCCGUUCGCGCUCAGCCUUUUUCUCCUCCUCCCUCUUCCGCUCUUCCACCUCCCUCUACCGCUUUUCCUCCUGUUCGCGCUCACCCUUUUCUCCUCCUCCCUCUUCCGCUCUUCCUCCUCUCCCUCUGCCGCUUUUCCUCAUGUUCGCGCUCAGCCUUUUUCCUCCUCCCUCUUCCGCUCUUCCCUCCCCCUCUCUUUUCCUCUCGCGCCAGCCUUUUUCUCCUCCCUCUUUUCCACCUCCUCCCGUUCGCGCUCAGCCUUUUCCUCCUCCCUCUUCCGCUCUUCCAGCUCCCUCUGCCGCUUUUCCUCCUGUUCGCGCUCAGCCUUUUUCUCCUCCUCCCUCUUCCGCUCUUCCUCCACCCUCUGCCGCUUUUCCUCCUGUUUGCGCUCAGCCUUUUUCUCCUCCCUCUUCCGAUCUUCCUCCUCCUUCUGCCGCUUUUCCUCCUUUUCGCGCUCCAUCUUCCUCGCCUCCUCGCUCUUCCUCUCGUCUUCUUCCCUUUGCCUCAAGUCCUCCUUUUCGCGCUCGACCUUCCUCUCUUUCUCCCUCACAUUUUCUUCCUCCCUCUCCCUGUCCCCCUCCAUCGAACUCACCUCUCGCUCCUGGUCCUCGAGUCUCAUCCGCUUCUGUUCCACCCUCUGAUUCGCCUCUUCCCCCUCGCGUGCUUCCCGCCCUGAUCAUACUUCUUCUUUUUCUUGCCUCCCGCCUCUAA